UUAGAGUGCUUCCUUUAUAUAUAAAGAAGAAAUUAUUUAGUUUUGCAUUACCAACACGAAUUAAAAAUAAAAAUAAAAAAUAAAAAAUCACAAACACAGAGCUUCAUUCGCCUUAUAAUUCGUUCCCACUUAUUUUCCAACGGCAUUAAAAUUUUACAAAACAAAAAGCAAUUAAUCAAACAUGGACGUUACUUCCUCCCACUAACCCCCCCUCAAUCCAAUCCCACCUCCCAUUUCCUUCUCUGUCUUUACAUUACUUUGCCUUUCCUCUGUUUCUCUUUUCCUAUGUCAAAAUCCACUAAUGAUCACAACUCAUGCGCUAGGUCGAGGCGGCGACAUUUCGAGUCCACAGAGGAGCAACCGGACCCUUUCGUCAAGCCCCACGAUGCCAGCGUUCACGCCGUGUUUAUUCGCCGCCGGGUGAGAAAGUUGUCCGAAUUCUCAAGUGGGUGGUGGUGCAGAUGGACUUCAAUGGUUUUGAUGGGUUUGGCCUUUUUGUCAUUGUUGGCCAAGUUUGCCUUGCUGAACAUGUUUCCAGAGUUGAGGGUGAUAGAGAAAAUAGGUUUGAUUCGGCCUUCGCUGCUCGAAAAAUCCAGGUCAGAUUGUUAUUUUUUACUGCAUUAUCCAAUAAAAUUUUAGGAUUUAUUCUCUUGCACCUGAAAUUAUGAUCCCAUCUUGUAUUUGAUUUCUGCUAGUCAGACUCUUGAUAUUUGGACGCCACCAGAGAGUUAUAAUUACUACCAAUGCAUAACUCGAGCGAAGAAGGAACUUCUAAACGGAACAACCACAAACGGCUAUCUCUUGGUUCGUUCCAACGGCGGAUUAAAUCAAAUGAAGCUCGGGAUAACUGAUAUGGUAGCAAUAGCAAAACUUAUGAAUGCCACUCUUGUCCUCCCUUCUUUGGAUCACCGAUCCUUUUGGACUGACCCAAGUGACUUUAAAGACAUUUUCGAUUGGAAGAACUUCAUGGAAGUUUUGAGAGACGAUAUCGUGAUUGUUGAGUCUCUCCCACCGGAGUUUGCAGACGUGAAGCCCCACCUUAAGAAUCCGGUGUCUUGGUCAAAGUCCAGUUACUAUAGACUACAGAUGGUAACAUUGUUGAAGAAGCACAAGGUUGUCAAAUUUACCCUCACAAAUUCCAGACUUGCUAAUAAUAUUGGUAGCUCGAUCCAAAGGCUCCGCUGUCGUGCCCUUUAUAAGGCACUAAAAUUUGCAACUGAAAUCGAAGAGCUUGGGAUGAAUUUGGUUGAUAGAUUAAAGAAUAACGGUAGCAAAUACAUUGCUCUCCAUCUAAGAUAUGAAAAGGACAUGCUUUCUUUCACAGGCUGCAGUCACAAUCUCACCAAACAUGAAGACAAAGAACUCAAAAGGAUAAGAGGGCAGACGCCGCACUGGAAGAACAAAAAGAUCAAUGGCACGGAGCAGAGACUGUUAGGGCAAUGUCCUAUGACCCCAAGAGAGGUUACUCUUUUCCUUGAGGCAAUAGGGUUUCCUUCGGAUACGAAAAUUUACAUAGUUUCCGGUGAGAUCUAUGGGCAAGACGGGCUAACAACAUUGCAAGCCAAAUAUCCGAAUCUAUUUUUCCACUCAAAUUUAGCAUCUGAAGAAGAGUUGCAACCUUACAAGGAGAAGCUCAAUCAGCUUGCUGCUUUGGACUAUAUUAUAGCAGUUGAGAGUGACAUUUUCAUCUACUCGUAUGAGGGAAACAUGGCUAAAGCAGUCAAAGGCCACAGAAGAUUUAACGGGUUUAGAAAAACAAUCAGCCCUGACAAACAAAGAUUUGUGAGAUUGAUUGACAAGUUGGACAAGGGUGCGAUAUCUUGGAAAACAUUCUCGUUGAGGGUUAAGAGGUUACACGAAAAUCGGAUCGGAGAACCGUAUCCCAGAGUGCCAAGAAGUUUGCCUAGACUGGAGGAGAACUUUUAUGCAAAUCCAUAUCCAGGUUGCAUUUGUGAAAAGCCCAAAGAGCCAGCUUCAUCACUAGCAGGGAGAAAUAUGUUAAAAGGAUUAGGGUUUUGAGAGUGGCUUUUAGCUGUAAAUAUUCAUUCAAAAUACAUUUUUCU